UUAACUUGGAGUGCGCGUUACCGUUACGACACGUCGCGGACAAACAUAAUAACGGCACUUUGCGGUUAAGAUUCGUCGGCCACACGUUGACACAAGCCAACGCCACCGCCACAGCAACAGCAACAGCAGCAGCAACAGCAACAGCCACAGGAAGCCAGCCACGAACUGAAGCCUUUGACCAAGUGGGCAGGGCAACAGAAAGCAAAUAAAAAAAAAAACAGUGAAGAAAAGAAAACAUUGCAUACAAAACUUGGACAAAUACGCUUGUUGCUUUUGGCAGUAGGCGUGGCACUUCAUGUGUGUGUCACAUGUUCUUCCUUUUCACCAUGAGUGUGUGUGCUUUGCGAAAAUUGUUGUGCGGAAAUUAUUGAAAUUUUCCUUUUGAUUUUGUUGGCGGCUCCACGCCACGUCACGCGCCCAUAAAAACUCUUGACUCUCCGAGGCAGUGAGCAGUUAGUAGUGAGUGGGGAUUCCCCUACACACACACACACACACACACACACAGACAGUAUGGCAAAGUGACGCGUUUUGCCGCCAUCCGUCGGCGUUUCGUUGUUGUUGUCCUCGUUCUCGUCCUUGUCGCACUGACAAAUUUCCUUGCAUAUCCGUUACAACGCUGCAACUGGCAACUUGCAACAAACUAAACAAUUUGCGUGGCGCGUGUUGUCGUUGACGUUGUCCUCGGUCUUCGCUCCUCCGCUCGAAUCUCCUUUGCCACCUUCACUUCGAGCCCGGUUCACUUGUCGCGUAUCCGUCGCCAUUUUGGACAAUAAUUUCGUUUCCGGUUCGCAAAAAAAGUGCAACAUGCCGCCAAGCAAUGUGAAUGACUAACGCAAACGUUUAACAAAUAUUAAUCAAACUAUGCAAGCGUAAAAGUGUGCAAUGAAUUUAUAAACAAUCGGAAUAAAGUAUAGCUCAUAUUUCUUGGAUAUACUAUAACACAGAGACCAGCAUAAUCCUGAGAGUCAAGUGGAAUCCUUUGCUCAACCAACAUCUAGCCAUUGACGCUUCAGAAGGUCGCGCCAUGUACGAGAAUUCGUGUUCGUAUCAAACGGCGUUGGACUUGAAGCGAGUAUCGCCGCCAACGCUGGCCCAGGUGAAGACCGAGGAUUGCCUGACGCUGGGACAAUGUUCACCCGACUGGACAUCGUAUCGCUUCCAUCAGUCGACGUUCGAGCAGCUGAAACAGAGCGUGGAGAAGGCAAAAGCAGCGCUUCAGGAUCGCAGCAGUUUCUUUGGCGCAAGCAGCGCCUUCAGUGACAUCUACUCCAGUCAACGUCUGACCGACACGCUGGACACCUUGCCUGCCAUGCAGAACGGAAGUGGAGCUGGAAAUUGUCUUGGCCUGUCACACAAUCCCAGCGCCGGAGUGGGCGUUGGAGUGGGAGUGGGCGUGGGCGUGGGUGUGCUUAACUAUAACACUGUGAGCAGCAGCAGCGCUGGAGUUCUGGGGGGAAGUGUGCAACGCCAUCGCCUGGAUACGCUGCAACCGCCAACGGGUUGCUCACCAGCAGGCACACAGCAUGGAGUCAUCACGUCCAGCGCCGGUGGCCAGCUGCCGAGUGCCACACUGGAUGUGGUCAGCUCAGCUACGGUGCCAGUGCCGCAUUCAGCAUCGAGCAGCACGUCGCAUGUGGAGCACAAAGUUCGAACAGAAAAAUCGACAUUGGAUUGCGCCACAACGUCCUCGACGCAUGCCGCUGUCGUUGCCGCCUCCUCAUCCUCGGCGUCGAGCAGCGAUCUGGGCAGGCACAGCGUUGGCAAGAGCAGCAGCAGCAGCAAUAAUACCACAACUGGUGGCUCAAAUGCAUUGUAUUCCUCGUACAAAUCGUCGUGGGGCUCCCACAGCUCGACACAAUCGCAAGGCUAUAGCUCGAAUGCGCUGAGCAUCAAACAUGAUCCGCACACACAACUACGGCAACCUGAUCCAUAUCAAAUGUUCGGACCCACCAGCAGCAGACUGGCCAGCUCAGGCUCUGGUCAGAUACAAUUGUGGCAAUUCCUGCUCGAGCUGCUGUCGGACUCCAACAAUGCCAGCUGCAUUACCUGGGAGGGAACCAACGGCGAGUUCAAGCUAACCGAUCCCGAUGAAGUUGCUCGUCGCUGGGGCGAACGCAAAUCGAAGCCGAACAUGAACUACGAUAAACUGAGUCGCGCCUUAAGAUACUACUAUGACAAGAACAUCAUGACCAAGGUGCAUGGCAAACGCUAUGCGUAUAAAUUUGAUUUUCAAGGCCUAGCAGCGGCCACACAGCCGGCGGCCAGUGAUCCCACCUACAAGUAUCAGAGCGACCUGUUCAUGACGCCAUAUCAUCACAGCGCGAAGCUCAGUUCGUUUAUGAGUCCACAUCAUGGCAUGACUUCUUCCUCAGCUUCCAUCUUUCCAACGGCCGCUUCGUGGGGCAACUGGGGCAGUCCGGCCACGAAUCUGUAUCAGCCGCACUCGAUGAGCCAUGUGACGCCAUCGCAUGUGGCGCCGCACCUCAGCUCCUAUCCUCACUACGCAUGACCAUCAUAAUAUGAGAGCAAUGCCAGCGCCAGCGGUGGCAGCGCAGUUAGCGUUGGCGUACCCAGCGGUGCUGGCAUUAUGAGCGGCUUUGGCACCACCACCACCAACAGCAGCGGAGGAGGAGGAGGCGGUGGUGGUGGUGGAGGAAGCAUUGGAGGAGGCAGUAAUGGAGGGAGUAGCAACACCGCAACCACCAGCAACAGCAAUAGCAGUAAUCUUAAUGGAGGAGCCCACACACACGUUGCCAGCAAUGCGGAUGCGGUGAGCAGUGUGAGCAACAAUCUCAAUCUCAAUACGGCCACAUUGACAACGGCACCGACGCAUGCCGGCGCCAGCUUUGGCCUCGGUGUGCCCGGCAUGGGCAUGGGCGUGGGUGUGGGCGUUGGUGUCGGGGUGGGCGUGGGCGUUGGUGUGGGCGGCGGCAAUUCGACGCUCAACUCGCUGGUCGUCGGCAAUCGCCUGAUGAACAGCAGUCUGCCGUCGCUGCUCAAAUGAUGCCACUUGGAGAAGUUCGGCUUGAGCAUUGGCGGUGGUCCGCCCCCUCCAGCAGCAACGCCCGCCGGCGCCGUUGCUGGUGACUCAACGCUGGACAGUGGCAGUGGAAGCAGCACUGGAUUGCCAUAUCCUCCGGGUCAUCAUGGUGGCAAUUAUGUGUCAGCGAGUGUCAGCGGACAUGGCACUGAGCGUUCCUUCUAUGACUAUCUGGACAUGAAGGGCGGCGGAGAUCAAGCGACGUUUUUAUUGUAACUGUAAAACUGUAACCAAAACCACCAGCAAACAAAAUGCAGCAACUGUAGACGGAUUUUACUCGUAGCCACUAGCGAAAGAACCAUUCCCAAAAGAAGAAGAACAACAACAACCCCCCAACAAAGCAUACAUCUAGGUGUGAGUGUGAGUGAGUGUGUAUGAGUGUGUGAAUGAAUGCGU